AUGGCGAUGACAGCAGCUAGGGUUGGUGCCCGGUUUCAACCAAGCUCAUGGUCACUGGCCUAUGCAACCUUCUAUGGCGAUGAGAGUGCAUCUGAAACUAUGGGUGGAGCUUGUGGCUAUGGAAAUCUAUUCAACACUGGCUAUGGGACUGAUACUGCAGCACUGAGCACCACAAUGUUCAAUGACGGAUACGGCUGUGGAACCUGCUACCAGAUACGUUGCUAUGGAUCUCCACAUUGCUACCGAGGUUCCCCUCUCACCACCGUGACUGCCACAAACCUCUGCCCACCCAACUGGUCCCAGGACUCGAACAACGGCGGGUGGUGCAAACCCCCAAGGGUGCAUUUCGACAUGUCGAAGCCUGCCUUCAUGCAGAUUGCAGAUUGGAAGGCCGGUAUCGUGCCGAUCAUGUACCGCAGGGUGCCAUGCAUCAGGGAUGGUGGAAUCCGGUUCCAAUUCCAAGGUAAUGGGUAUUGGUUGCUGGUGUAUGUGACGAAUGUGGGAGGUGGAGGAGACAUUGCCAGCAUGUGGGUAAAAGGAUGUCAAACAGAUUGGAUCGGCAUGAGCCACAACUGGGGUGCCGCUUACCAAACCUUUACUUCUUUGGGAGGCCAAUCUCUUUCCUUUAAGAUCACCUCUUGUUCCACACAGGAGAUCAUCAUUGCUUGGAAUGUUGCCCCUUCUAAUUGGUACAUGGGGAUGACUUAUGAGGCAAAUGUAAACUUACAUUGA